AAACAGUAGUGCUUCAGUUUGUGAUUUCAAAAGUAAAUAGUGCUUCCUCCGACCCACAAAAUGUCCCAAAAAUCAGUGAAGAAAAAAGACGCCUUGAAGAAUCCCUUCUCCCAGUACCUAAAACCCGAGGACGACGAGAUCCGCGCAGAACUAGAAGCAAUGACUGCUCUGGAGUAUAACCUCCCCGGCGACCCCUCCGAGGACACCAGUGACACCCCCCCAUCAUCCUCAAGAAGAUCCAGACCUUCCACGAAGUCCUCGAAGCCCGAAAAGCCAAUGGAGCCCGACCGAGUGCUCCCCCGGGUCGAGGCCGAGAGCCAAAUCCCCUUUUACUCAUCAACAGCAUCAGCCCGAGAGCUCCAGGGAAUAAUCCGCCAAGCAGGAGGCACCAGUGAGGACAAGUACAAAAUCCUAGAAGCCCGGGACAGACUGAUGAGGCUCAAGCAAGUGAAAAGCCACACCCUGGCAACCGCCAAGAAGACCCGAGGGACCUGUCCAGACAUGUGUCCUGAGAAGGAGCGACUGAUGCGAGAAUUCCAGAGACAAGUGGCCUCCUACGAGCAAGUGGACUGUGCAGAGUACAGGAUCUGCCACGAGACAGCAGUCAAGCAGUACUCGCGAUCCUCGGCAGACCAGGCAGAGCCUCUACCCCAGGACCUCCGGCCAGUCAUUUCCCUGAAGAUGACGAUGAGCUACCUCCUCCACGAGAUAGUGGACCUCUGCGACGAGGAGGGCACAAACCUCGCCGAGUGGUACCACUUCGUCUGGGACAGGACCAGGGGCAUUCGAAAAGACAUCACCCUGCAGGACCUCUGCUGCUUGGACACUGUCGAACUCGUCGAGCAAUGCGCGAGGUUUCACAUUGUCUGCUCGGAGCGCCUCUGCGCCGAGGAGACAGCUGUGUUCGACAAGAAAAUCAACACCGAAAACCUCACGAAGUGCCUUCAAACGCUCAAAUACAUGUACCACGAUCUAAGGGUGCAGGGCAUCAGCUGCAAGAAUGAAGCGGAAUUUCGAGGGUAUAUUAUCCUGUUGAAUCUCGACAACACGAGCUUUAUGUGGGACCUCAAGGAACUGCCGAAGGCCAUUCAGAGCUCGCCAGAAGUUAAAUUCGCUAUUCAGGUGUUCUCGUCGAUUCAGUCGAAUAAUUACACGAGAUUCUUUAAACUCGUGAGGAGAACGACGUACUUGAACGCCUGUCUCAUGCUGAGGUACUUCUUUCAAGUCAGGGUUAAAGGGCUCACGGUGAUGGUGAAGGCUUACUGCAGAACCACCUCCACAGCGUAUCCAUUGUACGAGUUCAUGGACAUCUUGGGGUUUGAUGACGAGAACGAGGCGAUUGCCUUCUGCGCAAAUGCUGACUUGAAUAUAUCGUGUGACGAGCUUAAUAUUGUUUUGAACAGAAAUAAUGCAAAUCUUCCACCCCCUGUGAUGGAUGAGGGGAGAGCAACUAGUCUUGUAGAGGCCAAAAGAAUGAAGAUGGGGUAUUCGUAUGGACAGGCCAUCGCUGGGGGAGUAAUGCCGGAGCAGAUCUACCUGGAUCACAAGCCCCAUAACAGUUUCGAUGAUCAAGGGUAUUUGAAGACAGAGGCCGUCAAUGCUAGUGAUCAGAAUCGUGGAAUUGGUGAGGGGGAGGAGGGGGGAGAGGAGCGGGAUCCUUAUGAGUACAUGGAGGAGGACGUGGAGGAGGCACCACCGCCCCUGAGACGUAAAACAUUUGGACUACGGGUGGAAGAAGAUAAUGGAGAGGUGGAGCAAAAGGAUGAGGAGGUUGAAGAAGAAGACGUAGAGGAGGAAACAGAAGAGGAUGAGGAAGAGUAUGACGAUGCUGAUGAUGGUGAAAAUGAGGUUGUUCCAACGACGAAAUCAAUCAUAUUCUCGUCGUUGUCUUUCACAUCUGGCAACAUCUUCAGCAACAACUUCAAGUUUUCAACUGUCGAGGCUAUCGACUCGAAGAUGUCGAUAGAAUCGCCAUUUAUCCCUAAAUCAGGGGAGAAUAAUCCUUUCGGUGGUAAACCCGGAUUAUCAUUCCCAGGCGCACAACAACCCAGCAUUUUCGCCAAGCCUGAUGUUCCCAAACCAUCCGGAAAAACAGGUGGCAGACCCUCCACUUUUGGUGAUAGAAAGCCUGGGAAUGAGUCAAUUUUCUCUGGUGCGAGUCAGGGCAAUAUCUUCGCUAAACCAGUGCCAGUGUCCACUCCUCCACUUCUCUCUGUGUCUGAUGUCAACCAGAAGACAAAAAAUACAUUCAAAGCCCCUCAGCCAGCAAAGCCGAGAGAAUCGCCAACGAAGAAAAGAACAGAAUCAGAACUUGCAGAAGAGAAGAGAAGACAGCAGGAAGAAGAGUUGAGACGAAAAUCCCUGGCUCGAGAGCAACGUCUCCAAGAAAUCGAAGAGAACACGAAAAAAUGUGCGAAUGAAAUAGAAACCGAAGUAAUCCACGACAUGUGCUCGACAAUCUUGAAAGAACUCAUGGAGAGGGCCAAGGUCUUCGAGAGACUGAGUCAGAAAAUAUCAGACGAUUUAAUAAAAGAAGUCAUCCGUGAAGACUGCAUGAAAGCUCUGGACGAAGAGUUAUACAUCCAGAAGAGGCUCCACGAGGUCGCCAAGAGGGUCGAGAACAGAAUUGUCCUGAAGUGCUACAGGAUCUGGCAGCGAAACGCCAUGAAGAAACGAGAGCAGAGGAAAGCUCUGGACAAUACCCCAGUUUGGCUGCCUAGAUAUUCUCUCGAGGCAUGUGCCCAGUCAUUAUACCGUAAGGAUCAGGACUUGGUGAUCCAGAAUAUGAGGAGGAGGUCGAAUAAGUCGGGUAAUGAAGACAACUUGAAGUACAUCAGUCCAGUGGAGCUGAAAAUCUACUCUGGACUGAAGGAGAAUGCGAAGACUCUUGAUACAGACCCAACACCGAUUAUGUUCUGGAAGGCGGUGGUGUCGUGGCCCUUAUUGAAGAAAAGGGUCCUCCUCUGGAGGUACAAGAACAUCAUGAACCAGUACCUGUGCCCUGGGGACAGCCGGAUGGAUCCGAUCAUCAAGACGUACAAACCGAAUCCUUACGAGACCUUGAAUAUUUGUAUUAAACAUUGUGAAGGGAUCGCUGGGGAGGAUGAUGUCAUGGGGAUGGAUGGGCUCUUCUUCAUUGCGAUGUCUGAUGAGGAUCCUAAGGAAGUCGUGAGGAGACUCACGAAGACUGUUCUGUCGAGACAGAAAUUAAUGCCCAUUCCACUGGUCUUCAUCAUCCUGGGGAAAGAGGGGAAUUGUAAGGGUUUAGAACCGAAGAGUGAACUGGAUAACCUGUUGAGGUCUGAAUAUAUCUCUGAGUAUACUGUGCAUCGUGAGAAGAUGAUUGACGAGGACAGCAUUCUGAAAUUGACUCAGACUGCUAUUCUCUGGCUAAGUAUGAACAGAUCAACGCCCAUUCCUCUUGAGAUGGAUUAUUUGAAAGAUGUUGUUGAGAAUUGUUUGACUGAUGAACUGUGGCUGAGGAUAGCUGGCCAUGCACCGUUUAAUGCAGCUCUGAAAGCAGCUACUGAUGACCCCAAAUUCAUUGUUGAUCUGCACAAUGAAGCUGUUGGUCGGCUGAUGGAUGUCAUUCUGGACCCGGAGAGUUUGAUGUAUACGGAUUUUCCAGCGGAGUUCAAACCACUUUUGCCGAAAGACUUUGAUGUGCCUUGCAGUUAUGAGUACUUUGAUGAGGGCUGGAAGGGAGAGGAAAACAGGGGAAGCAUCGAGAGCAUUCUUGAGGGCUUCAUAUUACCACCUUGGCCAUUUAAUUGGCCUAUCGACAACACAAUGAAGCUUCACAAAUGCGUCAUCCGUUACUGUAAUACAACCCUAGGAGGAUCAAAUUACGAAGCAAUAUCAUGCAACAUCCUGAGCAACAUUUUCUUCAUGUCCAACAGCACUGAAAAGCCGAAUUUUGUGCACGUUCUCACCGAGAUAAUCAAGGAAAAAAUUCGGCUGGUGGCUCCAGACUUAUCAGUCGUCUAUGAUAAAAAUCACAUCAAAUUGUUCAGAACAUUGCCCUGGUGGUUCAAAUCGAAUAUUUUCUUGACAUACGAGGCCCAGAUGACUUCCUUAGUGGAGCCUCAUGAGACAUCUGUGGUCAAGAGAAGACGUCUCGAGGAAGAGGCCGACAAAGAGAAUCAGGAGAUAUCAAUGGUCAUUGAGGAAUUCGAUAACAUCUCUGAUAGGGAGAAUUCAGGAGUCGUAAAAUCAUUUCUUGAAGAGAGCAAGAAUCAACUUUCACACGUCCAGAGUAUCACUGACAAAUUAGAAACACUUCUGGAGAAACAACGAUUAGCGAAUAAGAAAUUUGAGGAGAAACUGGAAGCUGCUCUGCGCAGUGAACAAUUGUUCGAUUUUUGAUUUUUUGAGGUGGGCGUUUUCGUCAAUUAUUAGUAUGGUUUUGUACCUUCAAAAAUUUAAUUUUUUGAGGCUUAUAUGGCUUACCAUUCAAAAGGUCUCAAAAAAACUUCCAUUUUUUUCAAAUUUGAUUACGCCCACAACGUUAAUUUUUUUAUUUUGUUUUUUUACAAAAUUUUGCGUCUCAGCAGAGGUAAUUUUUUUCGGGUUCUUAAUAUGUAUUUCCGACGAAAAAUUUCCAUUCCUUCGAUUGAGCAUGGUGCCAAUUAGCCCACAUCGUCGGAAAUGCUUUAAAAUCGCCAAUAAACUAGAAAAUUGUGCAUGGUACCCCCUUCGGCCACCUCGACUGAAGAUUUGUUACUUUCCUUACCUAAAGUGACUAUUUUUACGGAACAUAUUAAAAAAUUAGACUGGGACUCGGAUCCGUUCUAUCCAAAACUAAUUUUUUUCAUCUUUCGUUUUAAAAUUUUUUUUCCAAUUUC